AUGUCGGCUCUGGAUAGAGCCAUCUUCUGCUGGUGGGCCGUGACUGGGUCGAUUCACCUGGUGCUGGAGGGCACGUUCGUUGCAUUCCCGGACCUCAUGAGCAGCACCAGCAACGCGUUCCUUCUUGAUGCGUGGAAGGAGUACAGCAAGGCGGACUCGCGCUAUGCCACGCGAGAUGGCUGUGUGCUCUCCGUUGAGGCGGUCACUGCGUUCAUCGAAGGGCCCGCUUGCUUCCUCAUCCUGUACGCCAUGGCUGCCCGAAAACCCUUCUCUCCCCUACUUCAGUUCGCCGUCUCCCUUGGCCAGCUGUACGGUGACGUCAUCUACUUUGCGACGAGCUUCCUGGAAGGUUCCAAGAACUGUCAUCCUGCCCCGAUCUACUUCUGGGGGUACUUUAUAGCGAUGAACGCAAUUUGGAUUGUGAUCCCCUUUGCCAUCCUCUGCCGCUGCUGGGGGCAGAUCACAGCUGCCAUUGGAGCUGCCUAUGCAGCUGCGGGUAGUGGUGUCGGUGGUGGUAGUGGGGGGAUGAAUGGAGCAGUGAAGAUCAGACGGGCAAAGAGGGAAUGA